AGAUCGAAUUCUUAAAUCUUGUAUUUUUUAAUUAGAUCGGGCUACAUUAAAAUCAGAUUCAGAUCAUCAGAUGGUAAAGCCUGGUGCUGUUCAUCAGAUCAUCAGACGGUUUUCAAAUCCGUCUUCCUGCCGUCUCGGUAUCUUCCUCUGCCUUGGCGAAUUCCAAGUUCAGGCAUCCCGGCGUUGCAAGAUGCAAUCGGACGCGGUGGCGCGGAGCCCCAGGCAAACGGUGAGAGUCGGAGGCCGGCGCCCCACGGCCGAUCCCUCCCGCGGCUCAUCGGAGGCGUACGGCUUCGUGGGAUCCAUCGCCGCGGUGGCCGCCGCCGCCGCCUACCUCGCGUGGGCUUACCUGCCGGAGCCGUGGCUGCGUUUCCUCGGUGUCACCUACUACCCCGCCAGGCAUUGGGCACUGGCCAUGCCGUCGCUGCUGCUGGAAGCGGCGGCGCAGGGGAUGGUGCUCUACAUGGCCUCCAACUUUCUGCUCGCUCCUGCUCCGACUUUGCUUGGCCACUAUCUCCGAUGAAUUUGCCCGGGAGCCUGCGGCGUGUGGUACUGCAACAGGGGAGGAGAAACCCAUCGAGGACAUAUCAGAUAUUAGCAUUGACAAGAUAAACAAUCUCAUGUUUGGCAAUGCAUCAUCAAGCUGAUGCAUUUACUACUUCUGAUGAAGCUCUCAACUGAUCACCAGUUGACCACAAACAUGUUUUUUGCUUUCUCUUGGUGUGUUGAUGGCUCACUCGUUUGCAAGCUAGCAUUGUGCUAUUCACUUAUGAUUAACAUGGUUAUAUGGGUUCUUUUAAUGAACAUGUUUCUGUACUGGACUCAUGCUUGCAGCAACUGCAUGCUUAACAGAACUUCAAUUCCACUGCUCA